UAUAGAUCAAAAUGGUCUUACAAAUCCAAUCGCCGAUACUAUUCGAGGUGCUUAUCUUUAAGAACUCUCUUCUCUCCAGAAUCAGUGUCAAGACACGAUAGUACUGCACUACUCACUUGUCUAGUCUACUUUACCUCCCUCCGUCAAUAUUAAUACACUGGCCACUCACUGAUCUCGAUAGGGCAUAUCGCUGCUAUGGCAAUGCUUGACAGCAACGAUCCCAGUCUCGAGGACAAAAGACUCGACGAGUCUGGCGAGUCCUUCGAUGACGAAAAGCAACGAUCUCCAGCGAUUGACCACGCUCCUCUCGCCCAGUCGGAGGCUCCCCCACGAGACAUCAACGGAUGGAAGUGGUACUCCACGCUGGUGUCCAUCCUGACAUCGACUUUCCUCUAUGCACUGGACGCCACAGUGGUGGCCGAACUCCAGCCGAUCAUCGUUCAGGAUCUCGGCGGCAUCACGAAGCUCUCGUGGCUCAGCGGCCGCAUAUAUGGCCACUUCAACGCGAAAUGGUUCUACAUCUUCCAUGUGACUCUCUUCGAGAUCGGCUCUGCCAUCUGCGGCGCCGCCCCGUCCAUGAACGUCAUGAUCCUGGGUCGCGCCAUCGCCAGCGUCGGUGGCUCCGGCCUCUACGUCGGAUGCAUGACCCUCAUUGCCAUGACCACCACCAUCUCCGAGCGCCCCGUCUACGUCUCCUGCACCGGCUUCUCCUGGGGUCUGGGCAUCGUCCUGGGCCCCGUCAUCGGCGGUGCCUUCAGCGAGUCCUCCGUGGGCUGGCGAUGGGCCUUCUACAUCAACCUCUUCAUCGGCGCCGUCUACGCCCCCUUCUACAUCUUCCUGAUCCCCAGCAAGGACCCUCGCCCUGGCGCCUCCAUCCGCGAACGCUCCUCUGAGCUCGACUACCCCGGCAUCGUGCUCCAAUCCGGCGCUCUGGCCGCGUUAAUCCUCGCCAUCAACCUGGGCGGCGUCACCUACCCGUGGAACUCAUCCCGCAUCACCAUGUUCGUCGUGUCAGCAGCCUUGUUCAUUACUCUAGGAACCCAACAGGUCUGGACACUCGGCGUCCCCCUCUCCCCACGCAUCAUCCCCGUGCAAUUCUUCCGCUCGCGAACCGUCCUCCUCCUCUUCGCCGCCACCGCAGAAGGAGGCGCCUGCGCCUUCAUCCCCAUCUACAUGGUGCCUCUCUUCUUCCAUUUCACGCGCAACGACGGACCCCUCGACGCCGGCGUACGACUCCUCCCCUUCGUGGUCGUCAUGGUGCUAUUCGUCUUUCUGAACGGCAACCUGAUGGCCCGACUGGGCUACUACAUGCCGUGGUUCCUGACCGGCGGGGUGCUGAUCGUCGCCGGCUCCGCGCUCAUGUACACCGUCGACCAAGACACCUCCCAGGGUCGAGUAUACGGCUACAGCGUGCUGCUGGGCAUCGGGUUGGGUAUGUUCCUGCAGGCGCCUAUCUCCGUGGUCCAGGCGGUUGUGGAGCCCGAGAACAUCGCCCCGGCCAUCGGGUUCAUCACCCUGGCGCAGUUCGUGGGUAUCACGGUGGCGCUGGCGAUUGGGAAUGCGGUGCUGUUGAAUAAUAGCCUGCGUGGCAUCGAGGGGCUGCUGCCCGAUGUGCCGAGGGCGGAUAUUCAAGCGGCGAUUCUGGGCGCCAGGUCUGGGCUGGUGAGGGGUUUGUCGGAGGGGAUGAGGACGAGGGUGUUGGAUGCUAUUGUUAGGGCUAUUGGGGAUGCGUAUAUUCUGACGGUUGCGGGGGGUGCGCUGGUGGUUGUGUUGAGUCUGGCGAUGCGGAGGGAGAAGUUGCUUGAUUUCGUGGCCGCAUAUACCUCGGAACAUGAUGGGAUGGGUGUUCUCGUAGCAUGA